AUGGUCGUAGAGACGAGACAACGUUAUGUGCUGGUUGAUCCCACAACGCUGCCGAUGGUGCCCGAGUUCCAGGGCGCGCCUCGCUUGGCAGACCUGAACAACAAGCGCGUAGGCGUCAUUGACGACAGCAAGGUCAACGCCAAGGAGUACCUUGAGCAGCUCACCGACCUGCUUGACCAGCGGUUCGGCAUCACCAGCAUCAAGUACCACGCAAAGCCGUCGGCAUCCAAGCCCGCAGACCCCGCCGUGGUCGCGGAGAUGGCGAAGGAGUGCGACUAUGUGAUUGUCGGCGUAGGCGAUUGA